AUGAUAUCGAAUGAUACUUUGACUCCUAUGCAACAAACUGCUUAAUUUUAUAUACCUCCUGGGUUUAGUUUUCAUAAAAGAAGCCUAAAAAGACUCACUCCACAAAAUGACAAGGAUGAAUUACAAACAUUAAAUGUAAACCCAGCCCUGAACAUUAAGUCAAAUAGUUAACCAAAUUUAUUAAAUCUAACAAGGGAUAAAAAUUUCUCUUUUCAUUUUGACUCCGCAUAACAACCAGUGUAAUAAAACUCAAUAAAAAAACAAUUAUGUCUACUGGGGAUAUAGCAGAGAUUACUAUUUCCAAGAAUCACUUUUAAAAAAUAGAAUUCUCUCGACAUUGAUUCAAUAAAUAGCGUUUCAUCUCCUGAGAAAAGUAAAAAAAUGUUAAAAGCUUUAUUAAUGCCUUAAAAAAAAGUGUAAAAUGUUGUACAUUAAAACAUUCAUCGUUCUACAAAGUCUUAAGGUAGAAGUUUUCUAUAAAGUCGACCAUAAUUAAAUUUAUUGAACAGAAUAUUCUCCUCGAAAUCUUAACAUGAAUUAUGA